GCCAGGCCGUUUCUGUAACCUAUUUUUUGUUUGUAAACAAUUUUGAAUGAUGAUGGCACGAUUGUUUAUUUUAUUGUCCGUUUGGAGUGUGAGUUUGGGAUUCGAAGGGGGUCUUUUACUGAGGGAUUUAGGAGAGAGAAAAUACAAUUCUUUAAUAGAAAAGUCACAUUUACCAACACAUGGAACUUGCUGGCACAAUGCACUGAAAGUGUUGAAAAAUAAUUGUGAUAAAUUGAGUGAUCACGAGCAUUCAUUACUCGCUUUAAGACUGGCUAAUUGUUUUCUCGAGGACUCUGGGCAUGGAACGUACGAUUGCUAUUUAAGUGAAUCGCAGGAUGUCAGGAGGAAAUGCAUCAAUAGUAUGUCAGAUCGUGCCUUCGGAGUUUACAAUGAAUUCUAUACUCACACGACACACAUAUGUUUCUUUCUAAAUCACGAGCUCUGGCAGAUCGAAACCAACAAUAUCAUACAAGUUUUGUACGACGCUUCCUCGAAAAUGAGAGAACAGCUUCAUGAAGCUUCAGAAAUCCAAGGAUCGAUGCUCGAGAGUCAAAAGGAGGGAUUGACAUUGCAAAAUAAAUUGUUGGAUCAUGGAAAGACCCUGGAAGGCAUCAUUGAGUCAUCAGCGGAGACUGUGAAUACUAUGGUAACUGAUUUCAGAGAAACUUCACGAGAUCAACAAGCCCUUCUUUACGAAAUAUUUUCGUACAUGCGAACUUUCCAAGACUGGAUUAUCGGAGAAGUUUCUUGGUUCCAGUCAAUCUUGUACUUCACUGUGACAUGUAUCAUCUGUGCAUUGUUCAGCUCAUCAAAACGCACAGCUGACGCUCGAGUGACUCUCUUCACUAUUCUGAGUAUAAAUGUCGUCCUGGAGAGAAUUGUCGUGCAGUACGAGUACAAUACCAAAGGAAUAACUCCCGAUGAUGCGAUUCAAGUUGUUUUUUUGACUUGGUGUCUCCGGAAAGGAGCACUACUCCUGUGCUUCGGUGUUUUAUUACACUCCUAUUACACGUACAGAGAUGAGUCCCACGAACAGUUUACUGUUUUGAAGAGAAUUGAGAAACAAUUGCAUACGUUACAGGAUAAUCCUGUGACAUUCCGAUAUACAACCAGACUAGCUGUAAAGAAACUCCGAGAAUCUCAGGAGAAUCGCAUCGCAGAUAAAAAAUGAAAAUACAUUAUUAAUCUUCACGGUAUAUUUAAAAUUGCUCUACAAGAGGUUCUGUACAGUAUAAUAUAAUUGGACAAAAUGCACUAUUUAUUUA